UCACAAAACAUCACACCAACUAUCAAUGAGCAUUGAUCCAUUUACAGAUGUGGAGGAGGAUGCCUGGCUGCAAAUACGAGUGUUGGACUCGAUCAUACUAAAUGCAGACAUCAUAACCGAAGAGCUAAAGCUUGAUUUUUCCAAUGGAUUUCAAGAGCUAGAAGAGAUUAUAACAGAUUUAAAUGAAGCCCUCAACGUAUCACAAGCUAAUCCCCAGCAGUUUCAAUUGACAGUAGCUGAUAUCGAGAACAGGCACGGUGUUUUGGAAAAGUUGGAGAAGAAGAAACGUUCACUUUCGAGUAUCUGGAAGGAGAAGACGAACGACAGUAAGCGUCUGAGACCAGUGACCGCGAUGUCAAACAGAAUAUCUCAAGAUGGAUCCAAUCCAUUCACUGACCAGCAUAAAAUAGAUGGCGAAUUCGAGCAGUUCCAGCAACAGGAAAUGAUCAGAGACCAAGACUUGCAAUUGGAUACGAUUCACGAGACAAUGAGGAACUUAAAUCAACAGGCUAUGAUCAUGGGGUCAGAACUCGAGGAUCAAGGAAUGAUGCUCGACGAGUUGGACACCAACUUGGACCGUGUGGACAACCGGCUACAAAGAGGACUCAAGCGAGUCAACUGGAUCAUCGAAAAGAAUAAAGAAAGAGGUAGUGAUUGGUGUAUCGGCAUCUUAGUGGUUGCGUUAGUGGUACUUUUAAUCCUUCUAAUAGCGGUAUAAAAGUGUACCUCGCUUAGUUUCACAACAUAUACAUAGGUAAUACAAGUAUGUUCUUGGUAGUCAGUAAAAGAAGUUAUUCCAUUACUUAAGGUGU